AUUGCUUGACGUCGAUUGUUUAUUCAUUCCUGUCACAGAUAGCCAAUCACACAGCCUACUAUCACUGCUCUGUUUGAUACCGCCAUGAUGCAGCUUUUUAAAACCGUGACCCCCAUACCCGGAAGAACCUAUGCGAUUCACCCAUACUCUGAUAAAGAGCAUGCUAGUGGGAACGGCGCCGAUGUAGCAGUCACUGUCGAGGGCUCAAAUGUGUGCAUCCGUCUUUGGGAAGGCACUACAUUCCAAAAAUGGGAAUGCGUCGAGAAAAAUGGUUGGCUUGGCUUCAUCUGUCGUGCAUCCACAGCUAGCCCUACUGGUGCUUACCUGGGAUUUAACGUUUAUGAGGUUCUCGUGUGCACCGCACAAAACCAGGACAAGUGGGAGGACUUUUCUGUUGUGUUACAUGAUGAUGGCUGUGCAUGGCAGAUGCGCAAGGAUGAUCAUCUUGCAUAUGUCGGCAUGGUCAAUGCGAACGAACUCAAGAUGUUGCGUGACCGUACUACCAAGUGGGGGUUUACAGAGUGGGUUUGAUAGUGUUAGAAUCGUUCCACCCAAUACCUAUGUUUGGACUGUGUACCUACCAACUCCCUGUUGAGAACUGAUGUAUAGUACUUUCGACCGUGUUUUCAAAUCAUCGUUUUGUACCUGUCUCUAGCUUGGCUGACAAUAGAUCCAAUGAACUGCAAUGCGAGAGUCUUUAAUUCAUCCUAUACAUGCUUAGGAGACUGCGAC